CAGUGGUCGUUCGAUGUCAACGAGUAACGUGCCGCAAGCACUGCGUCUGUUCCUCAACGAGUGCUCAAGAAAGAAAAAAAUGAAUAAAUAUAUCGAAGUGUUGUGUAAAUAAAUAUAGUGAAUCGCCCCUCCACUUCUCGCUUUGCGAUUAUCAGGACUAAUCGUUUAUUACACGUACAACAUUCAACUGGCUGGCAUUUAUGCAAAUUCUCACGGAGACGAUUCACGAAUAGUGCCAACUCGAGAGAGUACAGUAAAAAGCAACGAUUUGCACGAUGUGGAUGAGACUAUGCAUCCUCGUUUCCGUAAUAUACCUGGCGAGGGCCGCGCUGUUAAGGGUACCUGUCUCCUGUCACCCCUAUAAAAAUACUUAUCCUUACACCGGCACCAAGACGGCGUAUUCCUAUAUCCAUAACAACACCGUAGAAAAUAUGACUCUAACGAACUGCAAACCGAUGCAGAUAUGGAUGCUGGGUAGGCACGGGACGCGCAAUCCGGACGAGACUAAGAUGAGACGUAUCAUGACGUUUGCGCGCAAGAUGCGCCGCAAUUUUCCGGAGAUCGCGAAGAAAAUAUACGGCGCUUGUAUACCUCCGUACGCGAAGGUAUCGAAGAACUGGGAGACCUGCUCCGAGUUCGUCAAAGGUAAGGGAAAGUUUUUGGUGACGGAGGGCGAAAGGGAAUGGGUGUCGCUCGGCGAGAGGGUCAAAGCGAAAUUGCCGACACUCUUCGACACGGAGGUCAAGAAUUUCAAGUUUAAAUCGACGGCCAAGCAACGCACUAUCCUUAGCAUGAUGUCUUUCAUGAAGGGAGCUUUGGGCAUUAACUUCACGAUAGUGUCGGAUGAUCCUUUAAUCAAGUACGAUUCGCUGGACAUAGAAGAACAUAUUGUCAUGAUGAAUUCCUUCGAAGAAAAUGGCAGUGAAACAUCGCUCGACUUCAAAAUAGUGCCGACUGCCAAUGACACUUUAUUAAACCUGUACGACACUUGCGUGCCUUGGAAUAACAAAUACAACGGGGAGACGACGAAGUUUACUGACGGCCCGGAGAUGACAAAAGUUUUGAACGAUAUCUCUCGACGUUUGAAUAUCACAGAUAAGUCCGUAAGAGAGGCAGCGUUUCUCCUGUACGACGUGUGUCGCUUCGAGAGGGCCGUGUGUCCGAACAAACCGUCGCCCUGGUGCGACGCGUUCACCGAAGACGCUAUGUUAGUCUUCGAGUACCUGUACGAUCUCGCGUAUUACUACGACGCCGGUCCAGGAGAAGAAAUCAACAGCGAGCUCGGGUGUCACCCCGUCCGGGACAUGUUCGAACAUUUCACGAAGCUGGAGACGAAUGGCGACGAGCCGAGGGGCGUGUUCUACUUCUCGCACUCGCAUACGGUAUCGCUGUUCCUCACCGCGAUGGGAAUCGGCAAGGACUCGGUGCCGCUAACGGCCGCGAACUUCCGGGACAUGGGUCAUAGAAGCUGGAGGAUUUCCCGGUUGGUGCCGUUCGCCUCGAAUUUUGCGGCGGUCUUCCACAGGUGCGAUUCGUCCGACACUCCCUUCAAGGUCUCCUUCUACUUAAACGAGAGCCCCGUGACCAUCGAAGGCUGCGAGGACGGAGUCUGCGAUUGGGCGCAGCUGAAGAAGAAGUUGGGUGCUAUCGCGGCCAAUUGUAGCGCGGAAAUUUGUAAAAAAGAAGUCCCGAAUUAACGUGACGUCUUUUAAACCUUUUAGAUUUUACAAGAGUUUGACAGAAAUUAUAGAAUAAAACACUUAAAAAAUCUCGGGACAUUUAUGCAAUUUCAGAAUUUAUAUAAAGAAUUGCCGACAAAAUGUAAAUAUUAA